AUGAAUUUAUUAAAAUAUUCCACCGAUUUUCAAUCACUAGUGCAUUCGGUGGAAGAGAACUCAGAUCCAGAAUAUCCUAUGUAUUCGAGCUUUUUAUCAAGGUUGAAAACAUAUGAUUCACGUUCACCACAAUCAUACCAAGAUAAAUAUUCAUUGGCUCAAUGUGGAUUCACUUACACUGGUACGGAUGAUUUGGUUCAAUGUUACUACUGUGGGUUAUUGUUGGGAAAAUGGGAAAAAAAUGAUGAACCAUGGAGUCAACACGCCUUGCAUAACCCUAAAUGCAUAUUUAUAUUAUUAUAUAAAGGCGUACAAUUUAUUGAAAAUGUUAAAAAUGAAUAUAUCGAUAAUAAUCGAGUUAGUAGCAGUAAAUCCGAAUCAUAUGAUACUAUUGACUGA